AUGUCCCAACCAACGACUGCCAUACUACCCCAGCUUCCCAACAAGCUCCAUCUGCAUUAUGCCAGUUACCUCAAUGGACAAUCCAUAGUCCGACUCAGCAAGACUUGCAAAGCCCUGAGGGCUGUAUUCCGGGAUGAGGCGCAGAGGAUCAUCAAGCACGUGGAAGCGGAUGCCCUAACGUACGACCACUACUGGAACGGGGUCAGGCUCCCGGAGGACCAUCCCGACAUCAUUUCGUGGUUCCGAUUUCAACGGAGUACGGGCCCCGAGAGGUUUGCGUAUGAACCUCUUGGUCGGUAUGGGCACCGGCAGCGACUGGAAGACGCGGUGAGAAAGGGGAAUGGCGAGGAGAUCCAACGGUUUCUGGAAGCCGGACUUAUGCCGACCGUGUGGUCGCGCGGCCUUUACGGGCCGUUGCUGCACGGGGUCAUUAAAUGCCGGAAAGCCUUCAAGGAGCCCAUCCGCACGGUGUUCCUUUUGCUCGAGGUCGGCGCCCGGCCCAACGUCCUCGACGAUUACCGUCACACCGCGCUGGAUGCUGGGGCGACCUUCGACCCGAGUCCCGCCGAUGGGGCAUUGCUGGAGCUGAUUCUUGCGUAUGGUGGGAAGGCAAGCAGAUUUCCCGUGCUUGCGACGUUAUACAGGGCGGCGAUUGUCCAUAGAAAUUACGAUGGCAAUGGUCUUGAACAUGGCUCGAGGCUAGUCCGCAAGGCGAUCGCCAACGGUACGAACGUGGUCCGCGCGGUGGGUCCUGCCUUCAAGAAUCUUCUGAGAUUGGGAGGGGGGGGUAACCGUGAGGAGUUCAGCACCGAACAGGUGUGCGACCUGGUAGGCCUCGUGCCCGAACUUUUGGAUCUGGUCGAUAAGGGGGGUGAGACCGCGAUGGACUAUAUAAUGAAAGACCGGCCCGCGGUUGCGUGGUCUCUAGAACAGACCAAACACCCUCGCAUUGGGAAAAUACGAGACACCUGGAUCACUAGGCAAGGAGGCAAGCGCUAUUGUCAGAUUCUCAACGCGCCGGAGCUGUGGGAGUACUUGGAGAGCCUGGAAGCCAUAGAGCCGGAUCUUCAGAGUCUGCAGGAGGAAGCGGUUCAAUUGUCGUUUGAUGAUAUCAUGAAGUACCACCCAGCCGUCGCGCUUUACAUGGAGGUGAUCAAUCAUCCUCGGAUUGACGAUCUGGCCAACACAUGGAUCAUGGAGCGAGGGCGUGAGAUCUAUCAGGAGGCGCUCAACAGCCCUCUUUUUGUGUCAGCUGAAGUAUAUAUACUGCUUGAGAAACUUGCAGCUACAUGGCUUCUAGAGUAG